UCAUCAUGUUGUAAUACUUAGCAGGUAGGUAGGUAGUCAUCAUGUUGUAAGCUCGUUCAAAGGCCACAUUUGACUAAAGGCUCAGGACAACAAAUAUCUUUAAAUGUUCAUUGAACCAAAGUGUGCAGAAGCUCUGUUCUGUUGCAUGUAAUCAUCAUGACAACAUUGAAGUGUGCAUGUGUGUGGGGUAGGGAAUUCAUGUCUUUCUUUAAUACUCAUCCAAACCCCUUCUCCUGCCCAGGGAGAUGAUAGAGCAUAGCUUGAACUGUUAUGGAAGGCGCUACACGGACAACGAUGAGGUUUUCUUUGCGCUGAACGAGGACAUGGUGUGCAGAGCCACAGCCCAGAUGCUGCUGCAGAACGCAGUGAAGUUCAACCUGGCAGAGUUCCAGGAGGUGUGGCAGCAAAGUGUCCCAGAGGGCAUGGGCACUAGACUGGACCAGCUGAAGAGUCUAGCCCUUGUGGACCGCAGCUCCAAACCAGAGACCAUAUCUCUGCUGAGAGUGGAAGAUCUUCCCGAGGACACACUGGAGAGAUUCACCCAUCUCUUCACCAUGAGAGAGAAGUGGACCGAGGAGGACAUCACCCCUUACAUACAGGACUUGUGUGGAGAAAAGCAAACAACUGGAGCUCUUCUAACCAAAUACGCUCGUUUGUCCACGCAAAACGGAAUAAAAGUCUUCAAUUCAAGAAGGCCAGUGGCAAUAUGAAGACGCUUGGAUAUCUUAAUUGACGAGCAAAGUUGUUUGGAAUCAGUGUAUUGUUGUAUUUGUUAAAGUGUUGUAAUAAAAAUCUAAUGUUUUUGUAA